AUGGAUAUCCAAACUACUCUUUUACUAGUGAGAAAUUUUUUUCCUCCAGAGUUCGAUUCCACUGAUGAAGACGGCCCAUCAGCCUGCUUCCCAGGUGUUUUCCGAGAAGACGGCGAUGGUGGAGCCCCAGAAACUGGUGGUGUUGGCGGAAGUGGUGGUGGUGGUGGUGUUGGUGGGAGUGGUGGUGUUGAUAGGGAUGGGGAUGUGGGUGAAGGUAAUGGAGCAGAGGAAGUAUUGAAAGGAUUGCCAUCUUUUCUGCAACAAGUACACAAUAUUAGCAAACAAAUGAGUGAAGCAAUGACUAAAUUUUCCAAACUACAUAGAACAGCGCUUCCUGUUCACUUUAAACAACAUAUUGAACAGUUCUAUAAACUUAGAUACCAAACAGAGUAG